AAAUGAUGUAACAUAAAACAAAACAAAAUAAAGUUAAAAUUGAAAGAAGUAUAGUUUAGUGUUCUUAAAACCCAAAACAUGACUAAAACCUCUUCACCCAGGAGAACAGAAUUGGUAGCAGAGCGUGGUUUUGUGAGAGACUUAUAGGGUUGUUGUGUAUUCGGACGAAGAAUAAAAAGUGGUGUAGUAAUUCGGACGAAACAUUCGGACCACGUGAAACAUUUAUCUUUAAAAAUUAGUUCAUAUAAGUUUAUAUCAGCAUCAUGUCUGAUCACGAGGAUAGUUCACAGAUAUCUGCAGAAAUAGAAUAUGCCUCAUUAAAACAGAAGAAGUCGAGAAUCAAAGCAGGUUAUACCCGAAUAAGAAAUAGACUUUUGGAUCUGUGUAAAUCGGACUCUGACACUAGUGGUGAGGAGCUAAAAGAAUGUUUAGACCGAUUGGAAGCAGAAAUGGACAAAUACCAAAGUAGCCUAGACAAUAUGAUUGAACAUUUAAAAAUUACAAAGAACACAAAAGAGUUGAAAAAAGUUACAGAAGAGGUGGAAGAGUGCGAUAGUAGUUAUGAAAAAGGGGCAAAAGAGUACCACAGGAAACAGAAAGAGAUAAGUACAGGUCAAGGAAGUCAUGGCGCUGAAGAAGAAAGUAAAAUUGGUAAGGAUCUUUGGAAACAAUUGAAAAAGGUUUCUAUACCAAUUUUUUACGGAAACAAAAUUAAGUACCCCGCAUGGAAAGCUGCAUAUUACUCAUGUGUAGACAGCGCAGAGCAUUGUAGUGCCGAAUAUAAACUUUUGCAGCUCAGGCAAUAUCUAGGAGGGGAGGCAUUGGCUUCUAUAGAAAAUCUUGGUCAUUCUGCGGCGGCUUAUGAUGCCGCGAAGGAACGAUUAGAAAGGAAAUAUGGAGGUACAAAACGCAUUGUAAAUAGAUUUCUGGAUGAACUGGAGAAAUUUCCACCUCUUAAAAAUGAAAAUGUGAAAGGAUUAGAAAAUUUUGCUGAUUUAUUGGACAUUGCCGUCAUAAAUUUGAAAGAAGAAGACCAUAUGGAAGAUUUGAAUGAUGGGUCACUGUACUAUAGACUUAUGAAAAAGUUGCCGCAGUCUAUGCUUAUUCGCUACAAUAGGAAGGUUCAUGAACAAGAAUUAGUAGAAGGAGUAGAAACGUUAAGAACAUUUGUGAACCAAGAGGCAGAAUAUGCUGUUAACGCUGAAGAAACCAUCUAUGGGUUAACAAAUCACCAUUUUAACAGACAAACUGAAAAGCCAGCUAGAUCCUAUUUUGGAAACACAGAUCAGAAGAAAGGUGCAUGUAGAAUUUGCUUCAAAGAUCAUAGAGUUUGGGAAUGCCAAAGAUUUAAAGAUAUGACAAUAGAAGAUAGGUGGAAGAAGGCAAAAGAAAACCGUUUAUGUUUUCGUUGUUUACAAUCAAGUCAUACUGGAAAAGAAUGUCGAUAUAAAGGGAAAUGUGGCAUAGAUGGAUGCGAAAAAACCCACAAUCGAUUACUGCACAAUGUAGGAAGAGCUGUAGAUGCAGGAUUAAAUGCUCAGGCUGAAACAUUUGAACCAAAGGCACAAACACAAGAAAGAGUGUUUACAUCUAGUCAUUCAAACUACAUAUCAUUAAGAACAGUUCCUGUAAUAAUCAAAGUGCAUGAGAAAGAAAUCAAAAUAAAUGCAUUACUUGAUGAUGGUAGUACAAAAUCAUACAUAAAUGAAGAUGUUAUUGCUGAACUUGGAAUUAGUGGUGAAAAACAAACAGUUGAAGUCAAUGUAAUAAAUGGUAAAACUGAAAGAUUUGACACAAUGGAAGCUAACUUUACUUUGCUUGAUACAAGCAAAAACUUUGAGAUUGAAAUGACUGUUCAAACAACAAAAAAUGUAACAGGAAGGCUGCAAGCUAUUGACUGGAAUAGAAAUGCAAAGAAAUGGUCACAUCUUCAGGGAAUCAACUUUCCGAGAAUUGGCAAACGGUCAAAGGUUGAUCUGCUUAUUGGACUUGACUAUGUUGAAUUACACAGAUCACUAGGUGAGAUACAGAGUGAAAAUGAAUCUCCAGUGGCGCGAUUAACUCCUCUUGGCUGGACAUGUGUAGGGCCAACAAAUGAGCAUCAGACAAAUUUCUUUACCUUUCACAUCAGCAAUGAUGAAAUGGAUAGCACGUUACAGAAAUUCUGGGAAAUUGAAAAUGAAGGAGUGCAAGAGAAAUCAGUCAUGUCAAUGAAAGAUAGAGAUAUUUAUGAGAGCACAGAGAAAACAGUGAAAUUUGAAGACAAUCACUAUGUUGUAGAAAUACCAUGGAAAGAGAACAGAAAUGAAUUGUUAAACAAUUAUGAAAUGGCAAAAAGACGCCUUGAAAGCACAGAAAAGAAACUAAGAAAAGAACCAGUUGUUGAAAAGAUGUAUAAUGAGACAAUUCAAGGUUACCUUACAAAAGGCUAUAUAGAAAAGGUGGAAACGGAUGAAAAGGAAGAAAGUUUUAAAGAAAAUAACUGGCUGUUACCUCACUUUCCAGUUGUGAAAAUGAACAAAGAUACAACAAAGGUAAGAAUUGUCUUCGACGCGUCUGCUAGUUGUAAAGGAGCAAGUUUGAAUGACGUGAUAGAGCAGGGGCCCAGCUUACAAAACAAUUUGUUCGAUGUUCUGUUGCGAUUUAGGAGAGACAAGAUCGCAGUAGCAUGUGAUAUCCAAGAAAUGUAUCUUCGAGUCGGAAUCACACCUCCAGAUAGAAGAUUUCAUCGCUUUUUAUGGCGACCAUCUCCAGAACUAGAACCAGAUGUCUAUAAGUUUAACAGACUUGUUUUUGGGGUGAACGCAUCUCCAUUCCUGGCUCAGUUUGUGUCUCAAUAUAAUGCUAGACUGUAUGAAAAUGAGUACCCUUUGGCAGCAGAAACAGUGUUGAAAUCGACAUAUAUGGACGACAGCAUGGACUCGGUUGAUAAUGAUAAAGUUGCAAUUAGAUUGUAUAAAGAACUUACAGCCCUUUGGGAAAAGGCAGGAAUGAAUGCUCGAAAAUGGAUAUCAAACUCCAAAACGGUACUAGAACAGAUUCCAGUAGAACAUAGAGAAAAGACGGUAGAUUUACAAAAGAAUGAACUUCCCAAGGUGAAAACACUAUGGGUAACAUGGGUACCUGAAGAAGAUAUAUUUCAUUCGAAUUCACAGCAGUUGAUGAAAACAAGGGCAUGA